GAAAGCGAGGAGGGGGGAAGCCCUACACCACAGCAAGAGUUGGGGGCCGCGGCUCGAGAGUGGGGAGAGCCCCGUUAGUGACGGCGCGAGGCGGAGGGGCACGGGACGCUCAGGGAGGGGGGAAACCCCAGUUUCGUACUUUCACUCCCUCCAUUCUCCGGUCCUGAGGUCCUCCAUCUCUGUGUUAUGUUCUCGCUCAUACUGGUACACUUAACUGCAAGAUGCAGUAGGCCUCUUGGCCUCAACAGAUUUAUUCUUGUGGCAAAACCCUCCCAAGGCAGCCUACAUAGAAGAAUCCUAUUUAUGUUUACUCAGAAGUAAAGCGUUCUGCGUUUAUUGGACCAUAGUCCCAGCUCAGCUGUGGAAAAAUAUGGGAGACGACAGGCCAUUUGUGUGCAAUGCCCCAGGCUGUGGACAGAGGUUUACAAAUGAGGACCACCUGGCGGUUCAUAAACUUAAGCAUGAGAUGACACUGAAAUUUGGUCCUGCCAGAACGGAUUCAGUCAUCAUAGCAGAUCAGACCCCAACACCAACCCGUUUUCUGAAGAACUGUGAGGAAGUUGGCCUGUUCAAUGAGUUGGCAAGCUCUUUUGAACAUGAAUUCAAGAAAGCAGCGGAAGAUGAUGAGAAAAAGUGUUCUGGACCUCUGGAUAUGUCUCUCCCCUCAACCCCAGACAUCAAAAUAAAAGAGGAAGAACCAGUUGAAGUGGACUCUUCCCCUCCGGACAGUCCAGUAGCAAGUCCACGGUCACCACUGGCCAAUGAGAAGGAGAGUGCCUCAAAACCUGUAAUAAUUUCUACGCCUACUCCUACGAUUGUACGUCCGGGGUCCCUGCCACUACACUUGGGAUAUGAUCCGCUGCAUCCCACUCUUCCAUCUCCAACCUCCGUCAUCACCCAAGCACCACCUUCCAACAGACAGCUUGGGUCUCCAAACAGCUCUGUACCACUUGUCAUGCAUCUUGUGAAUGGACAGACCAUGCCUGUCCUUCCUGGCCCUCCCGUUCAGAUGCCUUCUGUCAUAUCGCUGGCAAGGCCCAUGUCUAUGGUGCCAAACAUUCCCGGUAUUCCUGGUCCUCCAAUUAUCAGCAGUGGUUCCAUUUCACCAUCAGGACUUCCAGCACACUCAGAAGCAAAAAUGAGACUAAAAGCCAGCCUGACCCAAGGAGUGACUUCCUCACUAAACGGCAGUGGCAUGGUGGUGGGGUCAGCAAGCACAAUGGUGACAUCUCAUCCUGAACAGGGUCAGAUACUCAUCCAGCACCCUGAUGCACCUUCUCCAGCCCAACCACAGGUCUCCCCAGCGCAGCCCACGCCCAGCACUGGAGGCAGACGGAGACGCACAGUGGAUGAAGAUCCUGACGAACGCAGGCAGCGUUUCUUGGAGCGGAACCGUGCUGCAGCCUCCCGCUGCCGCCAGAAACGCAAGCUCUGGGUGUCUUCCUUGGAGAAAAAGGCGGAGGAGCUCACAACACAGAACAUCCAACUAAGUAAUGAAGUUACACUAUUAAGGAAUGAAGUUGCUCAACUCAAACAGCUCUUGUUGGCUCACAAGGACUGCCCAGUCACUGCAUUACAGAAGAAAACACAAGGUUAUCUUGAAAGCCCAAAGGAGAGUUCUGAGCCUACAGGUUCCCCAGCCCCAGUCAUCCAGCACAGUUCUGUGACGGCCUCUCCCAACGGCCUGAACGUCCGCUCUGCAGCUGAAGCCGUCGCCACUUCAGUCCUCACUCAGAUGGCAAGCCAAAGGACAGAACUGAACGUGCCCAUACAGUCGCACGUCAUUAUGGCUCCACAAUCUCAGUCUGCUGGCAGAUGAUGUCACAAAUGAUGCGACGUAGAACUAACCAAUAAGAACUUGCAGCCAGAGAGACUGAUGCUAACUAAGCCCCUUGAGCAGUAUGGGGUGGAUACAUUUUUGUUUGUUUUGUUUUUUGUUUUCUUAAAGUGAGUUAAGGGCAGCUAUGGAGCUUCUAACAAAGCAUAUCCCAUACAGAUUUGGGCCUGAAGCAGUUGUCAUGUGACCAUCUAGUUUCUAAAGGAUGACAUCAGAGUGAGUAAUUUUGCCAUCCCUUAGGGUCAAUCAGUUGUCGUAUGUACAACAGUACACGUAGCCUUUGCUCAGUGUGGUCUUAAAUGGUUAAUGUUCAGGUAUAAGUUAUGCUAACACUAAACCUCCCUCAGCUUGGCGGCUCAUGGUGCUUUCUUGAGUUGGCCACUUUAGCAAAGGAAAAAACAGCUCUUGGGAGAGACCAUGACAUUUUGCUGGUGCUGCCCAUUUUUAAUCCUUUUUAGAUGCUUUCAGACAUCUCUGGUGUAUCCGUCACUGCUGUAGCAAGCCUUCACUUCUGCACAUUCACACAGGACUCCAGCUGAAGGUGGUAAGCUACAUGACUUUGUGAGUUUGAUCUCUUCUCCCGCCCUGCCAUCCCCAGAUUCUUUUUUGAAGUAAGACAUUUUAUUCCUAAUUCCAGUGAUCAGUUAGGUAUUUACAACUGCUGCAAUGGAAAUGGCAAAUCUGUUGUGCCUGCCUCAUGUAGUCAUGCACGUUAUCAGGGAUUAGUGUUUUCUCCGUCACCCUUCUGUCUGGUACUGUUUCUGUGGGAAGUACCUGGAAAUUCAGAUGCCAGAAGGAAGAGAGUACUUCCGCUGGUCAGAAGGUUGCGCCUUUGCACUCUGUGCACCUUCUUGCCCCAUACCACGUGUAGCAGAGGCAGAAUAAACUAUGUGAUUGGAAUGUGUGUGUGUUUGCAGAAUAUAUAAUACGUUAGUAUUGAGUAGCCCUGAGCUUACAUGGUUGGACUUGGCUAGGCACUGAGUUGCAGUGUGUGGGCCUCAGAAGGUUACACUGGAACAAAUCCUCUUUCUGUGAAAAGCAAAAACAAAAGAAGCUCUCAGUAAGUCAUGAAUUUGAAAGUCUUCAGAACUCCUUUUAACCCUGCACAUUUCAAAGGAUCAUCUGUCAUAUUUAAUCUAAAUAACUUAUCAAGACCAUGGCCUUAAAUUAUGGCCUGUCUCUUUUGAGGACAAGAGGAUUGGAUGAGCAUUCCACUUCCCUCUUUUGUUUUUCUUCCAGAUCCACCCCCUGCCCCACAUAUGCUUUUUGGGUGCUACCUCUUCUUCCAUUUACCCCUUUCAGAACAAAUGCAGGACUCCUUAGCACCAGGGUCAUAGGGUAGUUUUCAGCAACAAUAAAAUCCAAUUGUCCUUCUGAAGAUACUUGGAAUUGUUUCUUCCAGUUGCCCUUUGCUUAUUGCCAAAGUAUGUGUGUGUUCACGUCUGUCCUCAGGUUUCCCUAAAAUUGGCCUUGACUUCCUACUAGUUGGGUAAUUGCCCAUAUUUAGUUCAAAUCUCGAGUGAGCAGAGAAGAUGUGUUGCGGUGAUUACGCUGUAGCUGUCAUCACGCAAGCCCCUAAGAUGCCGGUUCUUCCUCUGUUUUGUCUUCCCCUGUAUUCCAUUCGAAGCAUUCUUCUCAUUCAAGUGGUCCUAUAUUCUGUGCUGCCAGACUCUACCGAGUUCACUGUUGUUCAAUUCUUAUUCCCAAUUUUGAUGAUGUUUCAUGCAUUACGAUACAGAUACAACUUUUGAUUCAAGAAUCGCAGUAUCCCCUGUGAGAUGCAGAAAUGUCAGACCUUGUGCAGAUUUUCCUCACUAGGAAAUCUCUCUUGUUAUCCCUGUCACCAUUCUAAGUUUUGCCAUCAUUGUUUCUUGACCUGCUUCCUUGCCUUACACAAUCUUACUUCCAUUUUUCUGUGGCUUUUUAACGUUUUUCUUUUAUUCUCUGAGUCCCUUUCCUUUCCUUUUGUUUAAAAGCAGCAAGAAGUACAUUCUGAAAGUCUGCAGACUUCCUUUUAGCAAAAAUUUCAGCCAUCCGGUCACUUGUCUUCUCCUUCCCUUCACUUACUUGAUAUGUUGAAAAUACACAUUGGCAAGGACUUUGAAAUAUCCCAACAAGGUAUCUGUUUCCGUAGUGACAGCUCUGAUAACACUGCACAGCAGGUGCUGCCAGGAUCUUCUAAGGAUAAUAGAAUAGGAAAGGAGCUUACCAGCUAAAGGACAGGUUGCAGAUUUAUUUUUGCAACUUUCAAAGCUCAACAAUGCUGUGUAUUUUCCCUUUUGUUUUGUUUUCAUUUUAAACACAUUUCCAAACCCUUACCCACAGUUGAAUGAGUACCUUGCAGGGUCAGAACGGGUCCUGGAGAAUUAAGUCUUUAGGUCAGUCGUGUUUUUCAAGUAAAAACUGCAGUCAGGUGAUUAAGAAAUCUGAACUGGCUCUAUGGCUGUUACGAACAAAGACCACCCUGUCAUGAGAGAGAAAAUAGAAGGCUGAUUUUGGUGAAUCACGCCACUGAUCCAUGAAGCCCAGCCUUCCUCAGUGGAGAGCCCUGCAAAUGUGUUGGACUCCAGCUCCCAGAGCCUGACUGGAGGAUUCCAGGAGUCCAAGUCAUCUGGAGGGCACCAGGUUAGAAAGUCAGCGAGCCUGUGACUGUCACGACAAGCUGGCAGCGCUUGUCCAAGGCCUUAAUGGGAAAUGUCCUUCUGACAAAGUCCAUAUUACCUCAGUUGAAACCUGCUGGGAUGUGCAUUCCAGUACGGGAGUGGCCAGAGUCCAAAAGGGGUGGAGGCAUAGCUGUGACUCUUCCUUGGUAUGCCACCAAAACGGAAAAAAUGCAUUGAGGCACCCUCUCUUCCCAGCUUGUGCAAGGCUCUGGCCCUCAGCUCCUCAGCUGGGGAUGGAGCAGAUAAUGUCAAUAACUUGAAGUGGAGCCAGAUAAGGCGAAGUGGCUAUGAGGAAUGCCUUUGGCCAGAGGUUUUCCAUCCCUGCCUUUGCUGGAAUGGCCUUUCACAGCAGCCCUGUCGCUUGAGAGCCUGUCAGCUAGAGAUGCUGGGGGCUGAGCCUGCAGCCCUCCUGACACACAGCUACUGUUCUGCCCCAACAGUGUAGUGCGGCUUCUCUCUUCAGGAUCUCCCAGCUGGGACACAUUCUGAUUGAAUGCCCCCUUACGCCUGGCUCCAGAGCAGCCCCCCUCGACUUGUCUUCCAGAGGUGUUAAAAUAUAGCUCCCAUUAUUCCUGGGCAGCAGAACCUCUAGGUUGGGCUAGUAAGACUUGCAGCCCAACAAAUCUGUAAGCGCCAAGCCUUUGGCCUCCAGUGUUGUAUUGGGAGAAGGGUGGUAAGUGCAAAGCUGAAGCUUGUUUGGCAGUGUAAAAAUGCAGUGUUGUACUGACUGACUAGGCGUUUAUUAAUUAAUUCUGCUUUUCGUUGAUUUUUAACCAUGAUUAAGGUCACUUUGGCAUGGAUCAGGCACCGAAAGAAGAGAAGGAAGGGUAGCAGAAUUGGGCUGUUGCAUAAUGCUCACUGUGUGUUUGUGACAUUUAGUGUGCGCAUUUUUCACAAGGGCCUGUCAUGUGUUGAAAUAAUGUAGGUGCCCCCAGGUGGUGUUAUGCAGCACUAGCUGCUGCUGCUUUGAAAAAACACAGUUCAUACUUUUUUUUUCCAGCUGGGAUGGGCAAUUUGUACCCCUUCAGAGUUUUUGGCUUACAGCUUCUCAUCAGCUCUAGCCAAUUUGGGCAGCCAAGAAGUUACGCACCCCACUCUUGAGCUCUUACAGAUGGAGAAAUGAGCUUAGCAAAAACUAUUACAUAAACCCACCACCUGUCAUUUGGCAUCUGCCAUAUUCCUGAGCAAGAGAGGCAUGCCCUGGUUGAAAUAGAACGAAAUGAGAAGCACGUGCAUGAGUGCACGCCCAACAUACCUGUCCCUAUUUCCAAAAAUUAUUUUAUGUACAUUAAAAAAAUGGAAAUGUUGCCCAUAGUCUGUCUUCCUCCUCACCUGCAGGAACAACUACAGGACCCUCUUUCCUUUGGUGUGAUGCUGGGGGGGCAAGAAUGAAGUUGCAGGAACGGGUGUCCAUCACCUUGUUGGCAAGGAAGAUUUCAGAUCUUCCCAGUUUUGUCUGCACAGUUCCCGUUUUCAUUUGUCAUACCUCAGCCAUGUGACCGGGAUCACACCAAGGAGAAGUGGCAGUCAUGACUCCAUGGGGAAUAAUAACAACAGCAAUUUGUUGUUAUUAAAAUGACCGUGUGAGAUUUUGAUUCAUAUGGCCCUAUCCAUAGGCUUUGCACUGUGUUACUGUAGGGAGCUGCAAAUUAAUUUCUGCAAGUAAUGAGCUAUGGAAGAGUCUUCCAAGAAAUGCCAGUAGCCCAGAGGAGCACUAGCAGUGAGUUUUGUGUGAUGUGCUGGAGUGCCACAGCUAAUCUGCAUGUUUGGGUGUAACUGGCCUAGCUGAUUCAUUUCCAUCUGUCCCUCUAGGAUGUGUCAGGGAUUGGAUAGGGCAAAGGUAGGACAUCCUGUAUCAUACAGCGUCUCAAAGAGUUAACAUUUCCCUUUAAAAUGUAAUGGAACCAUUAGAAAAAAGUAUCCAGUAAAUCUGAGAUAUAUUUCUGACUGUUUCUCUGUUUGAAAAGGUGAAAAUACAAUAUAUACAAGCUCUUUAGGGAAAUACCAUGUCCCAUUUCACUUCUAGGGUUUCAAAUCAAUAGAUCUUUAUAUGCAAACUGGAUACAUGCUUCUGGGCCUAGAAGAUCCAGGUAUUCAAGGAACUUUCUUGUGUUAGCUGAAACUCCAUGGGUACUCAGUGUGAGCAACUUUGUGCCUUAACUUACAGCACUGGGCUUGCCUGUGUAGGAAAACCAUUCAGCCAAAGGCAGACUUUGGUGCUAGGCUCACUCUUUCUGUUCUGUCUUUUUGCACCUUAGAAACUAUCCUUUAUUCAGGCUUUUGUGGACUUCAGAGACAUGAAGUUUGAGAAUUGCAGGCUGUGUGCCAUACACACAUGCGAAGUCAGGGGGAAUUGUAAAUGUUAAGAUCAAGAGGAAAUUGGAAGGAAGCCAUACUGGCAGUGACAAUCACAUUAUUUGCAUUGGGCAGGAAAAGAGAUAAAGGGCAUUUUGUCUCUGCUGUGCAGCAGAACUGGCCAUGGUUUCUAAACCAAGAAUACCGUGCACUAACUCUUCUGACGCCCGUGCCCUGCCUGCCCUCCCACAGGACACAGAUACGUACACCACUCCCUGCUGUGCUUCUUCAUCUUCCUGCUGAAGCCUUAACAGUCUGGCCUUCCAUGCCACUAGAAAGAGAAAAUUAAGUGCCUUUAUGUUUGCUAGGCCCUGGACCUCUGUUGGAGGAGUGUCUGCUUGCUAAAUGGGGUGAAGACUAUGCAAAUGGAAGAAUGACCAUUUCUGUGGCUGCAAAAGAUCGAGAACUUCAGACUGGCUUUGUCCUUCACCUCCAUUGCCCUGUGAUGGUGGCACAGCAGAGGGGCUUCAGGCACCUGGCCUGGUGGAGGCUUGUUCUCCGUCAUCAACUGCAUUUGUUAGCAUUGCAUGUUUUGCAGCCUGGACACAGAUAGGAUUGUAACUGUUCUGUUCUGCUAAGGCUUUUUUGCUUGCUUUUUUAGAGAGAGGAACUUUGUAUUAAACACAUUUUCUUCUUUUGGAGAAAAGGGGUGGCUUUCUUCCCUUCAUUCUUGCCUACAACGCACACUAUCAGGGAGAUCUUUUUUCCUUGCAUUCCCUGGCUGGCCUCCUGAUGAGGAUCAGUACCUAUUUGGAUACUCUUUCCGUAUGGCUAGUUAAAGGUGCUCAUUUCCUUAUGUUUUCUUUUUGUUUUCCGUUCCUCUGCUUCAUGUCAUCCUCUUUCAGUGCUGGGUACUUUUCCCAGCAUUAGAAAGUCUUUAGCUACUUUAAGAAAUAUUUUAACUUUCUUUCCUUCCUCUAGAGAACUUCUAAAGAAAACUCUAAAUCCACAGAUGGUUUUGCUCUGUUGGAUAAUAAAUCCUUCUGCCCUAUCUUCCCAUCUCACCUCCACCCACCCGUAUCUCAGUUAUCUGCCAAAAACCUUUCCCUCAGUUUGAAGGGAAUAGUUAUCCAAAUGCAUUGCAAUCUCUGAACAGCAGCUUGGAAGGAACAUUCGAGCCCUGCUUCAUGACAUGUCCACUUCGCUAAUUUACAGGCAAGCACACCCUUUCCACAAAAUUGUUUCCUUCUUGAUAGGAUGUGGAAAGUCUCGGGGUGUGUGUUGCGAUUUUUGGCCCUUCUACUCUGUCUGCAUUUCAGGGAGGGAAGCAGCUCUGCUUUUAAGGCUUAUUUCUUGAGAGUAAUAAUAAUGCAAGUCGGAAUACUGUUCCUUCUGAGCUAGACUGUGUUUUUGAUAUGUUCAGAAGAGUGAGAAAGGAAUCCGUGUCUGCACAAGCAGCAUUUUCUAUGGUUUCAGCGGAAAAUGCAUUGAGUAGCUAACUCCAGAGCAGUUAGAAUAAACUAGGCUGCUUCAGCCCUUUGGGGAGGUCAGUGAAAACAUUCCCCUCUUCCCCCUGGGUGGGUCUUGUACCUCAAAUUCAGGGCUGAGACCUGGCUUCUGCUGCAGGACCUCAGUUACCCAGGCAAUGCUGAUUCCUAGAUGCCAGCGAGGUUGCUGCUGUUUCCUCUCAUGGCUCUUCUUGCCAUCCCUGUGUCAGCAACAGUCACUUUAUCAACAGAAAGCUCCAUGGCUGCCCCAGAUAGCGUAGGGGUUGUGUUAUGACGCGACUAGCACAUUGCUCACAUUUCACUGAAUGGCUUCACUGUGCCUCUCUGAUGUGUGUGGUUCAAAUAGACCCUUCCCCAACCCGGUUGCACUCCAGGUAUAUUAAAUUGCAAGUGGUUGUGCUGGUUAGGAAAGAUGGGAGUUGCAGUCCACACAUUGGGAAGAUGCCGGGGUGAAAAGACUCCUCUAAUAUGUUGACAGUAAGUGCUUUUAGGAGGCUAAGCAGCCUGCCCAACAUGAAAACUCAGGCAAAGCAUAGUGGAGGGAAACAGCUUUAUUUUCUGAUUUGAUGGAUCUAUCUGCUCUGAUAGAGAAGAACUUCAGAUCUCAGAAGAUUGCAUUUGGCCCUGCCACUGUUUCCACUGGAUUUUCUGGAGGCUUUUCUUUCUCUUUGGUGGGAGUUCUCCUCCUCCUCCUCCUCCUCACCACCCCCCCCCCUCAGUAGGAGGUCAGUGAACCAAAGAAAAAGCAACAGUGUUACAUCUGGUGAGAACAGUGGGAGUGGACCCUGCAGAUACAAAGUGGUAAAAAGCUGAUGGGCUGGGAUAGCAGGGAGAUGCCAGAGUGAAUUGGCCUUGGUCUGAUCCAGCAGGUGGUUCUUACGUUCUGACUGCCCUUGAAGUGUGCAAGUGGAACUAAGCUAGUGGGUGAAGCUAAUUUUUCUAGCUUUGUUCCAAAAAGCAGGCAUAGCACUCUUCCAUGUUCGGGGGGGUGGGGGGGGGAGGUGCAGCACCACUUAUCAGAAAAAAACGGAGUGGCGAUGAUUCUAAUGGCUGUAAGUAGGUUAUUGAAAUAAGCUGGUGAAGUCCAGUGCAUUUCAGGAGGACCACUGCAGCAGCCUUCAUGGAGCAUUCAUCAAACAUGAUGCUUCUUGUCCAGUUUUCUAGGUUGACUGGCCUGCUCUGAGGGAAGUGGCCACUCCAUUAUGCAAAGAUUGACUGCUGACCCUGAAGAAUGGAGUUUUCUAUCCAAAAUGUCUUGGGCUGCUGCAGCUGUUUCCAACAAGCCAUUGCAUAUGUGUGGAUGACCUGUGCAGAUUUAAGCCAGGAGAUGCAAGGCUAAAUCUGCUUCCUUGCCACAUGCAUGUGUUCCCACUUAGAGCUUUUUUCCGCUCCGCAGCCAAGUAUGUGUUGCUCUUGGCCUCUCUUGAGCAGUAGCACACACAACACACGAGGCACAACCAGUGUGUGAAAUGUGUCACGCACCUCCCCUCCGCCGAGGUCUGGUCCAUGCUGCUGCUCCACCUUGUUGGUUCGGCGAAUGCACAUCCAACCUCCAGCUGAAUGCUGAACUACAAGCCGUGGUGUCGCUGCGGUGUCAAACACAACUGUUUGGAGGGAGGGCCAGCCACCAAUGCAAAAGACGCCUCUUCGUUUCCCAGGGCUUGUUCAUCCGGUCAGUGCCAAUUCAGGGGGAGCCUGACGCUGACAUGUGGGAAACCUUCGCAAAUUAAAAAAAUGCCGUGUGGACCUGCAUCUGCAUCGUUUACAUUCCGGGUCACAGUGUGAAUGUGCAGAUUGGGCUUAGGGUCUUCCCUUGCUAUGAACCAGCUGCAAAGGCUUAUUCAGGGAUCAGAUGGAAUCACAGAGCCACUUGGGGCUCACUGCUGCAGCCUGGAGAAAGCAUCGCCUCCAUCUUGUCUCUCCCCCCCCCCCAUUUGUGUCCUGGAGGAGGAGGGGCUCAGCACAUGAAUGAGCAAAAGGCAUCACCAAUAGACUCCCCAGGGCCACACAGGAAGAGAGGUUCUGUUUGAAUAUGUUGCUGCAACUUCCCUUUGAACUGAGGCUGGGAUUAGCAUCUGAAUUCUAGGAUAACUCACAAGUCUUCCCUUGUGUGAGAUGUAAGACUGUGUUCUGACCAGGAAGGAGGCGGCCAUCAGCCUUGGGGCGUGGAAAACAUCCCAAGUGGUGCAGCCACUGGGUGUGUUGGAACAGGUGCCGGAGGAGUAAGGCUGGAGAGGUUACGCAUCCUACAAGAGAGUUCCUGAAUCUUAGUGCCUCCUCUCAGGAGCGCUAUGUCUUUAGGGUUGGUGUAGAAGUUGCACAGCUGCCCCAGGGGGUCCAAACUGCAUCUGAACUCUGAAGAGGAGCGAAGAGGGGAAAUCCAGCUGUAGUUCACAGAUUGUCUUUGCUGAGGAAUAGUCGAUCCAGUAGCCUUUCCCAAAGCUUUGGUGCAGCAGCUGCUGCUAAGAACAGCCACUUUGCUUCCAUUUUUGCUGGAGGCCUGGCAGUACACUACUAGCAGUAGCAAAAGAGCCAAGCCAAAGCAAAUACCUUGGGGACAAUCCUACACUUUGAAUUGCAGAACGAAGGCAUUUUCUCGGUGCAGAUAUGUGAAAGGGACCCCCUUUGUCCCUGAACAAGUGCAAGCAAAUCGGUAGGGAAAACUGCAGUGCAAUAGAUGGCUCAGGAAACUUGUCAAUCCUUGAAGUGUACAUGGUGUCUGUAUGUUGAACAGUGCUGGUUAUGUACCUCAGUUAGACUGCCUUGGAGAAAGAGAGCUUGGGCAGCAGUGCUGGGGGGAGGGCCACUCCUGGGAUGGGGAGAUGGCAUAACCACAAGCAGAAGGCAGGAUAGAGGCAAGCAGGCCACCUGGGAGGACACCUAAUUUCCCUCUUCUCACCUGUGCCAAACCAUUGUUUACAUCUCAAGUAGGUAAACUCCAGUUGGAACAACUGAAAAAGCAUGUUUAUUGAUUCCCUGCCCCCUUAUACAGUCACCUCGGAAGAGAACCCGUUUGAAAUGUUUUUCAUCACAUCUGCCCCCCAUCUUUCUGCCCCCACCUCUCCUUAGAUUGGGGGUCACUGUAUCUUUCUGCAGCUUUGCCAAAACCAGGCAUUCUGAUCUGGUCAUCCUUCUUGUGCCAGGAGAGAGAGAGAACCCAUUGCUACCUUGCAAAUCCAUGAACAAGCAUCCAUGUACCCUUGCGUUUAUGGAUGUGGGGCACCCCGGCACCCCACCCCUUUCCUCCAAGCCCUCUCGGUGGUCCUCAGAUAGUCCAAGCCAAUACACAUUGUACCCGCGUGAUCCUGAUUGUCCAAAGAUGCGCCACCUCUCAACCCUUGAUGCCGCUCUCCUGUGGACUCUUUCUUCUCCCAUUGGUCCCAGAGCCUUCCAUUGGUAUUGCAGAUCUGCAGCUAUGCAGGAACCCACGUAAUGCCUUCCUUUUCCACAGGUUGCUGCCAGUUUUGUUUUUUGGUUAUGUUUCCAAAUAUAGAUAUAUUAUAUGAAGAGCUUUUACGAUCAAUAAAUUUGAGGGGAGGAGGGUGGGGGAGAGAGAUCCCUGAAUACUUAACCACAAAGGGGGGUUUAGUAUCUCAUAAAGUGAAAUACGUAUCUAUGAAUAUAUAUAGAAUAUAUAGGCAUAUAUCAGCUCUUUUCUCCUCAUUGGCUGCCAUUCCGUAUGCAAUGACAUUGUUGACUUGUCACUUCCUGAAAUGUAUACAGAUGGAGGGCCCAGACCCCUCCCUCUCCCAACAGGGACUUUGUUUUAGGUUCUACUGCCUUUUGAUAGCUGUGUGGAGGGAGGAGGGCAAGAAAGGUGGCGAGAUGCAUCUACUUAACUGGUAAGCCAACCAAUAAUUCACCGAAGUGCUCCUGUGAGCAGGUCCUCACAAGCUAGCAUUCUGCCUGUCCUGUGGUUCCCGCGGCCCUGUGUUUGUUCCCACAGGCCUGGGCGAGCUGUGGCAUUUCAUCUUUGUAUUCUGCUAUUUUUAAAAUUAAAAAAAAUACAAAUACAUGCAUAAAAACCUUGGCACUUGUCUUUCAGCCACUGUCCUUACCAAACAUAUAAUGUGCCUUUUUAUUUAUGCUGCAAAUGUAACAUUAAAAUAUUAACAAGAAUAA